ACUGCUGUACAUUCACGAGGCACUUUUAUAUCUCACGAUUUCAAAAAUUCUGUUCAGCUUCCGCGUUACCAUCUUCAGGAUUCCUCUUCGACUAAGGUUAUGGAUAACAAGUCUGAUGAGCCUGUUCCUCCAGGAACUCAAUUUGUGGCUAGUUCCUUAUCAGUCUCAUCUUCUGACAAUGCAUCCUCUUUGCCUUCCAUCAAUACUGGGAGCAGCCUUUUUCCUCUUCCUCUUUCAAAUAUACCCGUCUCGCCUUCCAUCGGAACUUCACAUUCACUUCAUAUACCAACAUCCCAGUCUGGUCAUCCUGAAUUCAUCAAUCCCACCAGUCAAAAUGGCAAACCAGAGGUUUCUGAUAUGUCAGUUCUCCAGCCUCAUGAGAGAUCCAAUGGUUCCCCCGUGCAGCUUGUGAGCAGUAAUGAUAUUGAAGCUGCUGCUCAGAAUGCUGUACUGCAUGAGCAAGAAAUUGCCACCCAAAUGGUUAUACAGAGUCAGAGGGAAUGGAACCCUUCAACCGGACCUUCCAAGGAUGGUAAAGACAUUUUAUCUGAGCGCCAUGACCCAAAUGUUCUUAAGGAGCAUCUACUGAAAAUGGCCACACAGCACCGCAGUGAAAUGGCCUUAAAACGUGGCAAGCCCACUAUUGGAGAGGAAGGCAAUUUGGAAAUUGGAAAUGGAUAUGGUGUGCCUGGUGGAGGUGCUUAUUAUGGUUCUUCAGUUCACAAUACUGUUACCUCAGAAAGAAAAGAUCUUGAUGGUCAGAAGACAAGCCAAAAGCAGGCAGAGCUUAAUGGUGAGUCUGGACAGAAAUCAAUGACAAAAGACUUACCUGAGUACCUCAAGCAAAAGCUGAGAGCAAGAGGUAUCCUGAAAGAUAAUCAAACUGUUGACAAUUCUUCUUUGUCAGAAAGUAGAUUGGCAGCUCAGUCGCCUCAGACUGUGGCACCUGGGGAUCUGCCCCCAGGAUGGAUUGAGACGAGGGACCCUGAAAGUGGUGCUGUGUUCUAUUAUAACGAGAGUUCAGGGAGAAGUCAGUGGGAAAGACCUUCAGAUGCAGCAUGUGCUCUUUUUGCAGCACCACCUCUUCUGGACGACUGGAUCGAGGCAUUCGAUGAAACGACAGGUCUAAAGUAUUAUUACAAUAGGAAGACCAAUGUGUCACAGUGGGAGGACCCAGGUGCACGGCAGCAGGUCAUCUUGCAGCAUUGUGACAAAAUGACCGCUUCUGAUGCAAUGACUGGGAAUUUGGGAGAUCAACCAUCCACUUCGCCAAAAUGCAUGGGAUGUGGUGGGUGGGGAUUGGGUCUUGUACAGUCGUGGGGCUAUUGCAAUCAUUGCACCCGACUUUACAAUCUUCCACAAAGUCAAUAUGUAUCAGCAUCUGCAGAAAGCCAUCAGCGUCCCGCUGCUGCUGCCAGAAAUCAGGGGGAUUCAGAGAAGAAGUUUACCAAACAGAGGUCUGAUAUGAAACCUCCACUUGGAAGAGGCUAUAAAAAGGAACAUAAGAAGCGAGGAUAUAGUGAAGAUGAUGAAUUGGACCCUAUGGACCCAAGUUCCUAUUCGGAUGCUCCUCGUGGUGGCUGGGUUGUAGGCCUUAAAGGAGUUCAACCAAGAGCAGCGGAUACCACUGCUACGGGUCCUCUUUUUCAGCAGCGUCCUUACCCAUCACCUGGGGCAGUCUUACGUAAAAAUGCUGAAAUUGCUUCACAAAAGAAAAGUAAGAAUUCUUUUUAUGCUCCAAUAUCCAAGAGAGGAGAUGGAAGCGAUGGACUUGGUGAUGCUGACUGAGUGAGGCAACAUAUUGACAAACUUGGCAGUGGUCUCCCAUCUACAACUUCUCUUAAGCUGAUGGAAAGAAGCAUGACCAAAAAUACACUACUUAUACUGUGUUCAGGUGUGAAGGUGAGCUAUGAUGUUAAGUUGAAGUAGCAACAUUAUUUGGUGUUAGUGAAGCAUUGGGGCAUGAUUCAGCAUAAUGUUUUCCUACGAGCUAAAAAGAUGGUAAUUUCUACUGCAGCAUAGUUGUUCUGAUUACUGUCUAUGAACAGAUGCGGUGGACAUAAAACAUGAGUAUGAGCAUAAGAUUAUGAAAUACGGUGCAGUUUUUGUUA